GUCCACAGGGCGUUCUUGUCCAGUGAAUCACCAAUCAACAUCACCGCGCGGCUCGGUAUAAAUACAUGGCGGUGGACAACAGUCCCUGCUGCACUUCAUCAACUGGGAAGGCUUCAAGGCUUUAUCUGAGGUUUUUGCUGGUUUUUACAAAAUGAGGGUCUUCAGCUCUGUGGCGGUUCUUGCUCUUCUAUGUGUCCUAUCAGAAAGCAUUUUGCCUCCUUCCAAAGAAGACCUCGGUCAGAUCUCGCUCCAGGGAGAGAAGUAUCUGGACAAGCAGAUUGAGAAUGCCAUCACAGGGGUGAAGGAGAUGAAGUCGGUGAUGGAAAAAUCAGGAGAGGACCACAAGAAGUUCCUGUCGGCCCUGGAGAAAACCAAACAGGAGAAGGAGGAGGCUCUGAAGAGCGCUCAAGAAAUGGAGACGAAGCUGGAAGAGGAGCAGGAGGUGUGCAAUGAGACCAUCAAGGCCCUGUGGGAGGAGUGCAAGCCCUGUCUGAAGAACACCUGUGUCAAGUUCUACUCACGCACCUGCUCCAGUGGCUCUGGCCUGGUAGGCCGACAGUUGGAGGAGGUUCUGAACAGGACGUCUCCAUUCUCCAUCUGGAUCAACGGCGAGAACAUCGACACACUGGCCCGGGAGGACCAACAGCAGAGCCGUGAGUUCCAGAACCUGGAGAAGCACUAUUCAGAGGUGUCCGAGGGUGUGGAUAGCAUCUUCCACGACAGCAUGCAGGUGUUCGACCGCAUGCGCUCCUUCCACCACCCGAUCUUCAACAGCCCCUUCGGCCGUCAGCGUGUCUACCGGUCCCCUCUGUCGGACCCGCACUUCCACGGAUUCCAGAGCAUGUUCCAGCCAAUGAUGGAUAUGGCUCGGAACAUGUUUCAGUCUAUGGGGUCACACAUGGGCAGUGAUGGGGACUUUGGGUUCAACCCAUCUGGAGGUAACGAAAGCACGAACGAGGAUGUUGUCAUCACUAAACCCUUCGGGAACGACCGCAUGACCUGCAGGGAGAUUCGGAGGAACUCGGCUGGCUGCAUCAAGCUCAAGGAGGAGUGUGAGAAAUGCAAAGCUAUCCAGCACAUCGACUGUUCUGGAAAGAAACCUCUGGAAGGCCCCCUGAAAGAGCAGCUGGAGCAGGCUCUGGAGAGGGCUGAGAGGUUCACGCAGGAGUACAACAGACUCCUGCGCAAGUUCGAGGAGGAGAUGUUCAACACCUCCAGACUGCUGGACAUGUUUAACAAGCAGUUUGGCUGGGUCUCUACUCUGGCUAACAACACCGAGACCAAAGAUGGCUUCUUCCAGGUCAAAACGAUCUUGAACAGGAGCAAUGAGGAAUCUAAAGAGCCGGGUGACACCAACGUCUCGGUACAGCUGUUCGAUGCUCCCCCAAUGACCUUUACCGUGCCCGGGGACAUCCCAUGGAGUGACCCCAAGUUCUCCGAGGUGGUGGCACAAGAGGCACUGGACCGCUACAAACAGACCACCGUGUGAGUUCUCUCAGCCCCUCCAGAGAACAGUGUUGGGGUCGUCAAGUAGACGUCAUCAGUGCCAGGUGACAGCUGCAGCUGUGGUGGUGUUUUCCAAAUGUUUCCUUGGCAAGGAUGGGUAGGGGAAAAAAAUAACAAGAACAAUCUUCAAGGAGCUUAGUAGAACGGCGUUCUUCAGCAUUAGGGGUUAGUGUACCAGUUCAUGCUAUUAGCAUUCUACCCUCUCCUUCUAGAAAUUCAGCAUGAUUCCUGCUCCAAACCUUAAACCUUGAAAGACAAUGAUCACAUUUCAUAACCACCUUGUAAACCUCUCUAGAUAUAUAGGGAUUGCUCUGUGGGACCCAAGGACAAUGUAUACAUGCUUCCAUUCCUUUUUUCCACUAUGUGAUGGAUACUGCACUAGUUUGAGAUUCAGUUUUGAAUUCAAAAUGUGAUUUAUGUGGCCAUAAAAAGGGUGAAUGCACACUGCUUGAGGUUGGGGAACUUCUACUCCUUUGACAAUAAAGCUAUGUGUACAACAA